AUGAGCCAAACGCUCCCGGUGCGUGCGGCAGGAGGUGGACAACCGUCAGAGACGGCCGCGCACUUCGCCCUCGAACCCUUUUCUCAGCCUGUACUGUCACACCUCCUCUCAGCUCGCAAGGGCGCCGAAUCACAAGAUGGCAAGAAGUUCAGCGACGAAGGCGCCUGGUUGAAUUAUAUGGCCUCGGACUCGUCGAAUGCGAUGUCGGCUCCCGUGGACAACGACCUGAAGUACCCCAUGUCCUCCUACUUCAUAAGCUCGAGCCACAAUACCUACCUCUCAGGCCACCAGCUCUAUGGCGAAGCGUCCGAGCUCGCCUACACCAAUGUGCUCAAGCGCGGGUGUCGAUGCUUGGAAAUCGAUGUGUGGGAUGGCGAAAGCGAUUCGGACACCAGCAGCUCCGACGACGACGAGGAAAAGUCUGAGACAAAAGCCUCUCGCUGGGGGAAAGUCAAGGCUCGUGCUGCACGUAUGCGUUCACGCUCACGAUCCGCCUCGCUCGCGGCCGCUCGGCCAGAUGGCGGACAGCCCCCUGUGCCCUCCGACCAGCAAGCUUCGGCGCCAUAUGGUCGACCUGAUAAUGUCGCAUCACCGCGACAGACGGAGCCAUCGGCGAAUGGCUCCAACUACCUCUCCCCACAGCCUUCGCCGCCGCUAAGUGCCAAGGCCGAGCCGAGAGUACUGCAUGGAUACACACUGACCCAAUCCGUCACCUUUCGCUCUGUGUGCCAUGCUAUCAGGUCUUCGGCUUUCGCGAGCACGGAUUUGCCUUUGAUCGUCUCUCUUGAGGUUCACGCCUCGCUAGAACAGCAAGAGGUCAUGGUGGAGAUCAUGCGCGAUGUCUGGUCGGAAUAUCUGGUGUCGCUCAAGAGUAGCACCGAGAUUUCCGCUCUUCCGCCGCCCGAGUCCCUCAAGGAAAAGAUCCUGAUCAAAGUCAAAUGGACGCCGAACACGGAGACGGGCGAGUCUAACGAUCCCAUCGAGCACGUGAAUUCGAACUCCACCGACGGCACCGCCGAUUCGAUACCACCUUCCCCCGAGAAACGAAAGAAGGCUUCCAAAGUCCUGUCCAAGUUGUCGGAACUAGGAGUGUACACUCGCGCGUACACAUUCAAGCAUUUCUCGCAACCCGAAGCUGCUCUUCCAAACCACGUCUUCAGCUUGUCCGAGAACAAGGUCCAUAGUAUGCGUUCCGACCCAUCGCACGGUCCUGCACUUUUUGACCACAACAAAAACUUCCUCAUGCGGGUGUUCCCGAAAGGCACGCGCAUCAACAGCUCGAAUGUCGACCCGACGUUCCACUGGAGAACGGGCGCCCAGAUGGUGGCCUUGAAUUGGCAGAAAAUGGACAAAGGCAUGAUGCUCAACGAGGGAAUGUUCGCUGGCACGGGUGGUUGGGUCCUCAAGCCGGAAGGCUAUCGCUGCACCACAGCGAGUGACAAAGCACAGAAGCCGCUUCAGUCCACGAAGCAACUUGUCAACCUGGAAAUACGCUUGCUCGCAGCACAACGCUUGCCCUUACCCGUCGACAAGGACAACUCGCAUGCGCACAAGAUGAAACCAUACGUCAAGGCACAGUUGCACGUGGAUCCUCCCGGCUCUCCCGGUCAGUGCAGGGAGAGCGACGGGGACGGGAAUAGCAAGGACGACUUUCAACCACACGGCGGUGAGGAGAAGGAUUCCCACUUCUACAAACGGAGAUCAGCUACGGCUCGCACGGACUGUCCCGAUUUCAAGGGUGAAGUGCUGAGCUGGCAUAACACGUCCGACGCCACCCAACAAUUGAGCUUCCUCAGGCUUAAAAUCAUGGACGACCGCUCAAUGGGCAAAGACAACAUGCUCGCAUGGGCUUGCAUACGACUUGACCGCCUUCAGCCAGGAUACCGGUUCGUCCAUUUGCUCAAUUCGUCGGGCCUGCCAUCUCCCGGCGCGUUGCUUGUGCACGUCUCCAAACGCGUGGAAUGA